AUGUCGCAAGACAGGUAUGCUUUCAGUAACGGGGCGAGUUCCUCUGCGUACUCGAGACCCUUUUUUGCUCAGCAUCUACGAGAUACCCAGUCCGACCUCGCUCACCGAUGGCGCCGACAUUCCGACACUAUCAAAGCUACUUGGCAAUCUCUGAGUAGAAAUCAACGAGUGAAGUGUCUCCUCGCUAUUGGACGCGGCCGAAGUACCCCAAAUCGAGCAUCAGAUGUAUCUCUUGGAUCGAUCCAUCAGCUCGUGCCUGAGUGGAAUCUCAACGACCUGGUAACGGACACUGAACACCUCAUCAACCAUCUCACCCAUCGCGCCACCACUUCCUUGCACCAACAAGUCCUUGUGGGUUGCGGUGGACAAUCUGGCGAUCGCAUGUACGUUCAUUACAUGAUAAAUCGCGGAGUAAGCCCACGAUCACCGCUGCCGGGCAAAUUCAUGUUUUUUCCGGAUAGCAAGGAUUAUGGAACCUCACGGGAAGUUGCCGAACACGAACUUCCUCUUGCCCUUUGGGCGUCCGACUUAGCAACAAGCAUCUGCGUACCCACACUUCUUGGGGACCUCAUUCUGGCAAGACAGCAAUGUUUCGUAGGUGACCUCAAGAGCAUCACUGCCGAAAUCCUCAGCCUUGGGCCUGAAGCCGAGCAUGCAGAAAAGCUCCCACUACCUUGCGUCCGCGUGAACGCCCGACUGAACCACACAGGAGGGUCUUCCGAACUUGCGGACUUUUCCAGGGGUGCUCGACACCAGAAGGAAGACAUCGAUAAGCUUUUGGAACUGCUGUUGGUAGAGCCGGGUACACUGAAGCACGACGUCGAACGAUGGUUCUGCAGCCAGCCAGAGGGAAUUCUGGAUGAACACCAAAGCUUAUUACCCCAUUGUACUGACAAGUACUCGAGCGCCUGUGUCUUCAAUGUCGUUCAGAAUCUCGUCAAGGGCGCCACUAUCUGGGCAUACAUUGGUCAUCUCUUGAGGGAGCUGAAACGUGUUGGCACCGAGAGCAUAUGUCGGCCUGUGCUUCUUCAAGAACUUUCUAACUCUUGCAUGCUGGAAUGGGCACGUUUGCAAGCAGUCUUGAAGCGCUUCAUCUAUCAAGGCUUCGGAAUUGGUCAUUUUCAACGCAAGUCAAACGCUUUCGAUCAGCUCGGAAACCCUGUCAUUGUCUUCAAAAAUGACCCCCCGGAAAUCAUCGACAGCGAUUCUCAGCGAUACCUACUGUUUCACCUUGCUCAUUCAUCCGAGAACCCAGCAGAUGUUAUUUACAUGUUGGGCUACCUAGCUGGGUUGUGGAAGCAAGAGCCACAGACUUCAACUUUCUUGUACAAUCCCCGCGAUCAUGAAAACAAGGCGUUUCACGAAUUCGUCUCUGUCAGUGAUUACUUGAAAAAGCUCUCGGAAUUAUUGGGUCUACCGCCACCGUCCGGCACAGAAGGCUGUUUCUUUGUGUCAAAAUGUCACACUCUGGAGAUCGACUUUCUCAACAGUUUGAAAAGGGACAAGUUCAUUGACUUGCGCGACUACUGUGGCCCAAUCGCCGUCCUCUUGAGAACUAGCAUGGCCAAAGGCUGCCUCAACAAGCUUGAUGAACUUGUCACUGACCGCAUGGGUACAACUAUUAGGGGCCUGUAUGAAGACGUUCUCAGGGACUCCAUCUCCGAUCUUGAUGCGCAUUGCGAGCAGUUGAGAGUGUCAUUUCGGCAAAAGAAUGCCUCGGUGCCACUCAAUUCUCCCCUCUCUGCUGAAGAGAGCACGCGACGUCGUGAUGCAAAGUCCGAAAGGUCGUACGGAAUCGAUCGAAUGUCCUGCAACUCAGCAAGCUUAGCAGAGACCGAUGAAAGACAUCGGAUGCAACACCAGCUAUUCAACAGCGAGCAAGUUUGUCCGGCUGCAAACAAGUCCUCCAAGCGACCGAACCGGAAGAAGAAAAGCGACUGCCCAACCAGUCCCAAAAGUCCUGAUGCACGCAAAGGAGAUGACAAGCAUGUUGCGAGAAAUGUCACCGUGGAAGCAGACGCGCUGGGGUCCAUGACUUUCAAGGUCAAAUCUUCCACUGCAGAAUUCUUCUGGACGCUUUUCAGCAAGUCGAAAGCUCGCUCAUCCACUAGCUGGAAAUCAUUUGAGGCGGCUAUGGCCGAUCUCGGCUUCUCGAUCAUGCGCAACAAAGGUGGUUCAUCUGUUGCCUUCGUCCCCUCGGAAGAUUUACCACAGCUUCGUCCCGUGACGAUUCACGCACCGCACCACUUCCAGAUCGAAGGAUACCGGAGUUUGAUUCUAUCUCGCCGAUUGACGAGAGCCUACGGAUGGGAUGAAAACACUUUCCAAGUUUUCUAG